AUGGCCGGUUCAAAACUAGACGUUUCCGGUCCGCAUGGAGAGGCUGAGAGCCCGAGCGCGAGGACUCCUGACGAAACUCGCCCCGGCCAGAGCCCGCUUUUCUUGCAAGUUUUCAGCUGGUUGCGCACUGAAAGGGCAAAGCUAGCAGCACGGAAACUGAAGGAAAGUGACAGGCCCUCUUCUGAAAGAUCAGACUCGACAAAUGUCGACUCUUGGGCCGGCGAGAUGGAGUUGUCUCUGGACCAACUAGAACGGAUUCUCGCGCAAUACUCCAACAUUCGGUCUAAAAGCGCAAUGGCACAGAAGCAACGUAUUAAAGGGCUACGGCGGGGAUCGCAUUCUGACUCUGACUAUGCGGACAGCGACCAGGCAGUACCCAGCGCAGAUGUGGUUUUAGACAAUUCCAAGACCCUCCUCUAUGUCGGCGGUGAAGCGGAUAGCAAUGUCGACGCUCUAGCGCCUAAACCUUUCCCCAAAGAUCGCGAAAACUGGCUCAAGUUCAAAUCUGAGAUUGUCCGCUUGGCUCAUACAUUGGGUAUCAAAGGCUGGAGAAGGGUGCCGCUAGAAUCUGGGGGUGAAGUGGAAGUAAUCCGCCUUAGCGGAGCAUUAACCAAUGCUGUUUAUGUUAUUUCGCCUCCCAAAAACCUCCCACUGGCUUCAAGAUCAGAUUCAUCACUGAAUUCUACUCGGAGGAAACCCCCACCAAAACUUCUGCUUCGCGUCUAUGGCCCACAAGCCGAACACCUUAUCGACAGAGAGCGUGAACUUCAAAUCCUCCGUCGUCUACGAAAGAAGAACAUUGGGCCUCGUGUUUUGGGGACAUUCGCCAACGGCCGUUUCGAACAAUACUUCAACGCCAAACCUCUUACUUGCCAUGAACUGCGUAUUCCCGAAACGUGGAAACAGAUUGCCAAGCGUAUGCGAGAAUUGCAUGAUGGUAUUGAUCUGCUCCCAGAAGAACGGGAAAGCGGACCUGCCUUAUGGCAAAAUUGGGAUAAAUGGGUCGACCGUUGCGAGAAGGUUACUACCUGGUUAGAUCAAGAAAUCUUAUCGGAAAAGAAAGCCUCAAAUGUUCCUGAGGAACGUUGGAGGCAGCGUGGUUUCGUAUGCUGCGUUCCCUGGCGGACUUUUCGAGCCACGGUUGAUAGGUAUCGGAAAUGGCUGAGUGAGCAUUUCGGUGGUGACUUUGAACUUUCGAAACGGCUAGUAUUUGCACAUAACGAUACGCAAUACGGUAACCUUCUCCGCUUACAGCCUAGCGAAGAGUCGCCUUUAUUACUCCCCGCGAAUGAGCAUAAGCAGUUGAUUGUCAUAGAUUUCGAAUACGCGUCUGCCAACAUGCGUGGUGUCGAAUUCGCGAACCACUUUACACCGUUGAUCCGACCAGCAUAUGCCAGUAGCCCGCGUGCGCCCCCGUUCCUGCUUGAUAGUUAUAUUCCAGGGCUAAACCCACCUCUCACGGAUCCCGAGAGUCGUGAUCCAGUCGUAGAGGCUGAAGUGCAACAGCUACUUCGAGAGACACGGCUGUGGCGGGUAGCGAACUCAGCGCAAUGGGUGGCAUGGGGGAUUGUGCAAGCCCAUGUUCCUGGUAUAAACAAGGUACUUUCUGGACAAGGCAGCGCAACAAACGCUACAGAUACUACAACCGCGAAUCCUAUCUCUGGAAAAACGGCAGCAUCCGUCGAGCAACGAACACCAAUUAAUUUAGCGCUCAACCACGAUCAGGUCAAGCAAGAGUUUGAAGCCGAAGAAGCGGCGGAUGACUUUGACUAUCUUGCCUAUGCACAGGAUAGGGCGUUGUUCUUUUGGUCAGAUUUGCUGGCGUUGGGGUUCAUAAAAGAGGAAGAAUUGCCAGCAGAGAUGGUGAAGCAAAUCAAGAAAAGAAUUAUCAACUAUUAG